AUGCCUCCAGUCCGCAUCGUAUCCUUGGAGCAGGUUGCCUCCAUCCUCAAUGGCAUCGACCUCGAAGAGAUCCUCACCAGCCAGGGAAAGGCCUUCCAUUCCUACAGCAUCAAUGAGACUCAAACCCCACAACGACCAACUCUCCAGACACCCUACCACUCCACCCUGAUCAUGCCCGCCCGCAUCGAUUCUCUCACCUCUGUCGUCAAGCUCGUCUCCGUUCCCAAACAAGACUCCAACAACGGUCUUCCCGGCGUCACCAUCGUCCUCGACAACCUCACGGGUGAGCCCCGUGGUCUUGUCAAUGCCCGGCUCCUCACCGCCAUCCGCACCGCCGCCUCAUCCGCCCUCGCCACCCGUGCUGUCUUCCAGGUCAAGGAAAACAAAGACGAAAGCUUGACACUCGUCCUCUUCGGAUCAGGCGCCCAGGCAAAGGCACAUAUUCAACUCCUCACACAUGUCCUGCCCAGGAUCCGGAAUGUCCUCAUCUGUAACAGGACGCUUCCUCGCGCACAGGAGCUGCUUGCGGAACUCCAGCCUCAGUACCAGAAUCUGACGAUGGUCGCCUACAGUACCAGCACCGGUGAAUCCACCUCCCCGAUCCCUGGGAUCUCAUCUUCGGAUCAGGACAAGGGCAAGGACAAGGACCAGCUCCUGAAGCAGAUCGUUCAAUCCGCAGACGUGAUCUGCACAUGCACAAACAGUCGCGCUCCCUUAUUUCCCGGGGAAUGGGUCCGACCGGGCACCCACAUCAACAUGGUCGGAUCCUACACCCCCGAGAUGCACGAAGUUGAUCAAGCCCUUAUGAAGCGUGCCCUGAUCCUUGUCGAUGCCCGUCAAGAAUGUGAGAAGGAGGCCGGGGAACUGAUCGUGGCCAUGAAGGAGCGUGGCGAGAACGGGAUCCUGGCCGAACUGGGACAGAUCUUUGAUGCGCACGGACAGUUUGACCAGACGGCGAUGCCGACAGAAUUCAAGACGGCUACUGCUGGGGCGAGUGGGAAGGACGUGACGAUGUUUAAGAGUGUGGGAAUUGCGGCGCAGGAUGUGGCGAUUACAGCCUUGGUUCUGGAUCAGGCUGAAGCCCAGGAUCUGGGGACCGUUGCUGAGAUUUGA